AAUAUAAUUCUAAGUCGACUUAGAAUAGUAUGGAAUGGAGCCGUCGAUAUUUACUGGGCUCUUAAGCCGUUGAUGAUGAAAUAUAUAUCUAGUUACUUAAGUGUAAAACUUUAAGUGUAAAGGAGCUCAAAAUGACGAUCUCUUAAUGAAACACCGUACAGCGCAUUUGACAUGCUUCUGUGCCAUAUUACCACAAAAUCGACGUAGGCAAUUCCAGAAGUAGGCAGUUAGACUUUACAAAAAUUUAUUGUUAAAUUAGCGUGAUCAAUUUACUCGAAAAAAAAAAAUAAAUUUAAUUAGUCAUACGUUUUUUAACCUUAACAUGUUGUGUAUAUAAUGUUCCAAUGAUAAUUCUCAUGCAAGAAUGAAAGAUCCUAAACGAUUUACGUAUAUUACGGGUCGAACCACGGAUUCCUCUGCUAUGGAUCGUAGGUAGAAAUUUUCGUGUCCCAUAGUAGUACAAACAAAGUGAAUAAAAGUCAGUUUAGAAGAUAUCCAGAAGGAGAGAUAGGACAUCUUUGAGAUCCAUAUGUGAAACGUUCGCGAGGAUAAUCUGCCUCUCUUUCUGGAUAUAUUUUCUAGACUGUCUUAGACUGACAGUGUUCGGUGCUACCCUGUGUUCGGUGAUGCCCCAGUUUUCCCUAUGUCCAUAAAUAAAUAUGUCCCAAAAAUUCGUCAUUUUGAAAUUUUCAAGGUGAAAAUAAAACCAUUUUUUAUUUGUUUGAAAAUUUAUUAUUUAGAUAAAAGAUAAACGGUGUGAGAUAUCGACUUCCAAUCAUCAAGGAACCUCCCCAAUAAGUAGAUAUUAUCUAAAACGACUACUUUUUUUGAGCAUGCAAAGUUAUCAACUGAAACAUAACCCUUUAUGAGAUGGGUAAUACUUUGAUACUCGAGUGGUAACGCUUUUAUAUAUAUAAAUAUUUUUUAUUAAAAAAGAAUCGUUAAAUCUACCCUAUUUAUAGUCUUUAUCAUUUUCAAUUUUCAGAGCAUUUUUAGUCGAGAAAUGCAUUUCAAAAAGAGAUUUUCUUUUCGAUUAAGGAAAAGGUGAAUAGGGAAAAAGUUAUUGGUAGAAGCAAUUGAUCAUCAAUUGAAGUAACAUCCGUGAUCAAAGUACAAGAUAUCAUUCUGUUUUAGUGGACACGAUCGAUGACUGAUGUUUUCUUACUGUGCAUGUAUGUGUUUCUUUGACCAGAGAAUGGAAAAGAUCAGUGAGCAAGACAACAUAAUGCUAUAAGAAAUGUAUGUCGUGGAAGAACUACCUUUGAAAACGGUUACAACUUACAACUGAAGAUUACCUCACGUGAGUGAGAAAGAGAUCGUUCUUAAAUUUUAUUUCACUCUGCAAAAGUUUGUGUUUAAAAUGACCAUUGGGGGCGGAAAUUAUGGAUUUUUUUUUUGGAAUCUGGAAUUAGGAUUGAAAAUACGAAUUUAUUGAUACAGUUUCCAUGGCUAAAAAUUAUUUUUAAAUUCAAAAAAUAAUGAAAUAAGAUUGCUUUUAGCUACGCCCAUGGACUAUCUCUUCAAUGUAUUCAACAAAACAUAUUUUUCAAGCCUUCACCGACUGGUUUGUUACGAGCUGUUCAGUUGUUCUCUGUCUUGCUUGGCUUUCUUUCCUUUUGUGUGGUGCUCCGUGAAGACUUUGAGCUCGCGAUCGCGCUUGUAAAAUGGCCAUUUCAUCUGCUACACUCAAUUCAUCUCUAAACCAUCAUACUUUAUGAAGUGCCUCAUAUCUCAAAUAAUUAAGUUUCUUAGGAGAAAUUAACCCAAUUAAAUCAUUCUCAGUUCCGAUACCUUAAACUUUGGUUUUCAGGUGAAAUUGAGGUGUGUGUUUUGAUCAAAAUUUCAUUUGUGCGAGUUUCUUUUUCUUCGAUCUCUUUAAUAAAAAAAAAUAAAAGAAAACUGACCGUUUUCUACGCGUCUCAUUGACGCCUUUCUGUCUCACAAAUGGAUCUCUUGGAGAAUUCCUUUAAAUUCUAAUUCUUUCUCAAGUGUAUUUCUCACAUUAAAUCUGUUAUGAGUGAUCAAGGUAAAUGGAUUAAUUGAUCGUGAAGUUAUUUUGAUGAGUAUAAGGAUUACACAAAUAUACUCUAUCUCUUGUGAAGUGUCUGAAAGUGUAUUAAAAGUUACAAAUGUGUGCGUGUUAAACACAACAAAAAUUAUCCAGUACAAAAUCGAAGAAUUUAUGCUACAGUUGAAGAAAUUCUUUGCGAAGAAAAGAAUAUUUUUGCAAAUGAAUUUACUUUUGGGCCAAAUGUAAUUAAAGACGAAGAGCAGAAUAUCAUCUGUCUGGUGUUAGAAUUCAAGGAAAUUGAUGGUGUGUCUGGGUGAAAUUAUCUCAUUUGAUCCUGAAGAAGCUACCCAAGACUUAAUGUUGGGGGUGUCAGAAGGUCAACAGAGGGCGGAUUGACGUCGCAACCUCAUAUCGAGCACUUUAUCGUGGUAAAUUAAUCAUGUGCUGAAGUUAUUUCAUGGAGACAUAAUUUAAGAUUGUCAUUCAAGUGAAGUGAGUGUACAUUAAGUCAGAAAAACUAAAAAAAAAUACGACUAUUAUUGUUCCAGAGAACAUAAUUUCCUCAGUGUCCACUUAAUAAUUGCAUAAAGGGAAUUCUUAAUUAUAUAAAGCAGGAGCUUUUGCAGAAAAUAUCUCAGAGCUCACCCUUCCGGAACGGAGUUUGAGAGUCGAACAAUGUCCAACAUCUCCAAUCCCCUCAACUCGUUCAGAACCCGCCAAAAGUCCACAGCAUCUUGUGCCGUCGUCGAGCAAUUUCACAUGUGAAAGGAAGACAGGAGAGAUGGAAUUUCUCAUACCUCAUCCGCCCACAAAUUCCCGACAGCCACGUCAGGUGGCAUCAUCUCAGAAUGGUACUUUCGUACGAUCUCACAGUAUCAAUGAGCAGACCCAUCAUCAGAUCCUUCUGCAGCACCAGCAGCAGAAUCAAUUUACACAGCAUCAUACCAAAAUGACGAAGAAGCAAUUGAAAUUGGCACAAGCACAGCUGAACAAGUUGACCCAGAUAAAUAUUCAUUUACACGCGCUCUUCUCGGCUGUGGAGCAUGGACACUUGGAGAAAGCGAGAACAAUCCUAGAAUCCACAGAUGUUGAUGUUAAUAGUGUUAACAGUGAUGGAUUGGCACCACUAGAUGUGGCUGUGUUGAGCAAUAAUCGCUCAAUGACAAAAAUGCUUCUUCAACAUGGUGCCACAGAUAGAUCGCAAUUUAAAGGCAACAACACCUUGGGAAAUCACCUCAACUCUCUGCUGAAAGAUGCUGAGAAUCGAAUACAGGAGCUCGGAAGUACUGAAGAAAUUCCCCAGACACCAUACAGUACAAGAGCUUCAUUCUCCAGUAUAAUUGGGAAUGCAUAUACAGGACCAUCUGUGACCGGAUGUACUGGCACGGAGACGGACAAACAAAUUGGUCUGUGGGAGCGUCGGGUCAAAGGUCUACGACGAAUGCUUUUGGGAUGGGAUCAAGCAAAACCACCGGAUCCGCCAAAUUCAGUUCUCGUGGAUGUCAUUGGACCCUCGUCAGUAUUCAUUCGUAUUUACGAGCCUGUGGAAGGACCACUAGGCACAAAGUUCAAAGUUCAAUGGUCAUCCAGGGCGGAUUUUAGCAACAUUGUGGGUGAAUGCGAUAUCACGGAGUGGAAUGGUUUUCAGGGCACAAUGGGUGCUACAUGUCGCAUUGGUGAUCUAACGCAGGGUCGUAGAUACUUCUUCAGAGCAUGCCUGGGGAAUGUCAAGGGCUAUGGUCAGUACCGUACAUCUUGUCCCUCGAGUGUCGUUCCAUCGAGUUGGUAUGAUGUGGAACAGCGUGAAAAUCGUUUUGUGGGACGCCAGAGAGUUCUUGAUGAUCUCUUUGCUGCCGUACGUUUGGCACGUCCCGAAGAUGCCAGCAAUAUACCCCUCGAGACACCAGCACUUCAGCGUCGGAAUCCCAAGAAGAAAACCACCAUUAAACAACUUUUCUCAGCUGCCAGUAAAUUCCAGAAGAAUUUGAGACGAGGCAUCUACUUGGCUUGCAUUCUGUACCACGAGGACAAAGUACUUGUGACAAACGAAGAUUUCAUCCCUGUAAUCGAAAUUGAUGAGACAUACCCGGGUUGUCUGCACACGGAUUACCACUGGCUGAUGAAGGUGUCCUGUACAUGGGAUGACGUUAAAUCCCUCAGAGCAGAUAUGGAGCGAAAUGCUACCUCGGCUGUGCAUUUUCGCACAAAACUCCUCACAGCAGCGUGUCAGAUGCAAUCAGCUCUGUGUAUCACAGAUUUAGGGCAACUCUUUCACAAACCACUGAGAGAUUCCCAUGGGACCGUCGUGCUAAGCUGUGUAAAUUUCAUUAAGAGUCCAAAAACAAUUUCGGUGCUCAAUUCACGCUGGAUCCCUUUAAAUAAGGUGCACAAGAAGCUUUCGACUCUCCAUGAGGACAAUAACAUCAAUGAAAUCCUCAUGAAUUCAAUUCAAGAGCAAAUAAACUUUCAUCAGGCGUCUGCCGUCAGACUAUCCAAAGGACUAUACUUGGGAUAUUUGAAAAUGCAGAGUUCUGUGGACCAGAUUCAAGUGGUUGUCCCGUCAAAGACCCCAAAUGUUCUGCCUCACUGUAAAAUUCGGGAUAAUCCACACAUAUCAGCGGAAGAAUGGGAAUUUUUGAAGGGGAGAAAGUCAACCAUAAUGUUUGGACCACAGAAUGAACAGCCGACGGAGGUGCAGCAGCUCUUCCUUGAGGAUCUUACAAUAGCUGCUCAUAGAUUAUUCAAGUAUAUGGAUACUCCAACAGAUGAUGCCCUUAAGCAUCGUUUGUACGAUGUUGAAGUGAUUGAAUUGAAUGCAGAUGUGAGUUUUCUGGUUAUUUGUCCACCUCCGGAAUUUUCAUGUGCAGUUCCUGGCCAGAGAGAAAUUCUCCUGCAGCGUGGAGAUUUGCUAAGUCUUCCUCUUCAGGCCUUUGAGAUGAUUCACCUGAGAACGUAUCAGAAUGGAAUAAUACAGAAAUAUUCUCGACUCUCGUGUAUUCUUGAAUUGGACACUGUUCUGGCUAAUCAUUCGCACAGGGAAGCAUUUUCCACGGUGGAAGUUCAGGCUGCCAAGGAGAGAUUGUGCAAACUACAGGAAUUAUCUAUGAGUUUGAAUGCUAUUUGGAAAGGGGUUCGGUGGCUUAUGGAUGUUAUAAGCUUUGCUCGGGAUAGGACAUGUAUGCCAGCCCUGGGAAUGAGGGAUAUCCUGGAGUGUCAGGAGGUGAGAGAUUCUCAAGUGGAGGAGACCAAGAGGCAGCUUCUGCAGCCACCACCAAGAGAUUCUAAGCUCAUGAAGAGUUCUCCGGGAAGGGGAUCCUGGCCAGGCCCGGCAAUUUCGAGUGGGAAUGGAUUACUUGUGGCAGAACACUCGAAAUCCGAACAGCAUCUCAGUGUGGCUGGUGGGGGUUCAACGAUGAGCUCACGGUAUUUGAGUGCAACGUCUGAAUUUGAUGCUUCAUCCCGGAAGAACAGCGCUGAUUCCAAUUAUUCCCACUCUGGUCACAGUUACUACUCUGUGAACUGCGAAGGGAGUCAUAUUGGCACCCGUUUGCCACCAUCCCGAUCCGAAGAUACCUUGAAUGUGUCCAAGAAGCAGCCACAUAGAAAACGAACAACUACCAUCAAUACGAGUUUCUCUGCUGCAUCGAGUCCUCUGUUGAACAUCAGACCUACUUAUACAGGAACCACAGAUUCCGUUCAUAGCCUAUCGAGUGAUAGUGAGAGUGCUAGCUAUCCGGUUUUAACAUCUACGCCCCACAAAGUCAGUCCACGACCUCAGAAAAUGCAACCAUCCGUUAGUAUGACAAAUGUUAAGAAUGUCGAGGAAGAUGCCCCAAUUGGAGUUGUUAGGAGUCGAAAGCAGAUCUUUGAACCAGAUCCUAGUACUUCUACUGCCCCUAUGUUCCUCAAAACCACCCUAUCAGCCAUCCAGAGUGAUUCUAGAAUUGUCCGGGAACCCCUGCAUAUUGCCGAGGAAUCCCUUACCAUCGAACAGCCCUUUUUCCUGGCUCCGGGUCCGUCCGCUGGCACCGCGACUCGGAGUGAAAACCGCCGACAGAUUUUUGAAUCUGCGCCAGCAGGACACAUUCAGUCUUCUUCAGCGAAUAAGAACACUCACGAGAAAGCCACUUCGAGAGACCCGGAAUCGAGUACAAAAGCCACGGAAGCAUCCUCUGAGACUGUAGGACAACCCGGUAUCAUUCAAGUGUAUGCAGCCUACGAUACCGGCCUGGCAAGUGGAACGAGCCUAAAGCUCCAUGUGACACCAAAGACAACGGCCAGAGAAGUAAUUGAUCUCGUUGUUAAGCAACUCAAUAUGGCAGUUGUGCUGAAAGGACGCGAAGGACCCAUCUAUACAGCAGAUAAACUAGAAAAUUUCUGCCUAGUGGCUGUUAUUGGAGCCAGAGAAAGAUGUCUCAGAGAUGACUUCAAGCCCUUACAAUUGCAGAAUCCAUGGAAAAAAGGACGACUCUACGUGAGGCAGAAACAUGAUCUCCUAGCCGCAAUUGAACAUUCCAAUCGAGACGCUCAAAUGAUUUAAAUAAGCAAUUCCCGAAAGGUAAGAAACAUCCUCCCAAUUUAUGAUAGAGAUUCCCUUUGAGAGGAUAGCAAUUCGAUUUGUAAUUUUAGAAGACAUAAAAUUGAGAGAUACGCAAAUGGAUGAAUUGCAAAAUCACAAAGAAAAAAAAACAUAAACUAGAAAGACUAAUCCAAAUUGAUCUUAUGAGCAUAGAAAAUCACAAAAGAAAACGCAGGCGUAUUAACUGUUAUUGCUGUUGUUCAAUAAACAUUAAAAUAAAUAAAUCAAUUUAGAUGAUAAUAUUGAGAAUACAACGUGUGAACUUAUGGCAAGUAGAAGCACAUUCACAACUUUUAAGCAUUUUCAUUUUCCUCUAAAAAAAAAGGAGUUGAGAAUUAUUUACUUGAAAAUUAAAUAUUCAAUUCCACCAAAUAUUUAACUGUGUUAUCACACUUGCACAUUAAAAUUUUAAUAUGAUUCACAUUAACUGUCACUGGUGAGAGUCCAAAUGUGUAAUUUGUGUGUUUGAAUCAUUUUACAUUGAAAAUUUGAUCUAUUUGUUGAUAAAAAGGUAGACCUUGCCCGCAAAAUUUGAUAUAAAUUGAUUUAUAGCAUUAAUGCGAAAAAUUAAUGCGAUUUUCUCUUUAACUUUUUAAUGUGAAAAAUAUUUAUGCUUUAGGUAAAUUUAAACUUAUUUUUGCAGGCCAAGUCCACUUCUUUAUCAAUAAAUAGAAAAACCCCAAAUAUUAAGUGACUCAAAGACACAAAUAACAUAUUUGGACGCUCACAAGCGACAAUUAAUGUGAAUCACAUUAAAAUUUUAAUGUGCAAGUAUGAUAACGCCGUAAGACUUAUAGAUUGCUCUGAUUAGUCAGACCCUGAAAGCAUGGCAGUCUUUAACCAAUCAGAAAAGGAGACUCGACUAAAAUAUUUUACAGGACUUAAUAUUUAAUUACAAGAGAAUAAUUCUUCAGAAAAAGAAUUUUGCGAUAUGUUUUUCCCACAAUCAGGGAGUUUCUUGAUCAUUCCAAUUCCAAAGACACAAAUAUUUACUUUGUGGGAAGAAUAGGUGGAACAGAGAGUAUUUACAAAUAGGAUGAAGUAAUGUACAUAACGAAUAUUCCCAAUAUUAGUAUUCUUGAGAAACAAUUUCCUAUCGAAAGCAACUUUUUCGUAAAUUUGACGCAAAUUUUACCUAAAAACUGUUUUGAGAAAUUUCUUGACAAAUUUGGUUAAACCUUUCCGCAUUGAUGCUUAAAAAUAAAUUUUGAGAACAGUUUGAUAGCGCCAUCUGUGGAGUUUUCUUCUGACACUCACAUGCCAGUCUGUUCUCAGGUGAGUGAAUUCCCAUAAAAAUAACAGUGAAACUGUUAAGAACUUAAGAAAUAGUGGGUUCCUUGAAGAUCUUUGCCGUGGAAAUUAAUGCAUAGAGUGAAAAAAAGUCCCUUUGUGUGGAAUACGGUUUCCUCAGAACUUCGAUUUACGGUAAAAAGGGUCAAAGUAUCAGAACAAGAAAAAUUCUCCUUAUUACCUCUUUUACUGUUCUUAGAUUUCUUUUCAUUCCAAUCAUUUUUAUCAAGAAACUUGAUCAAAAGAACUAAAUGUCACCAAGAGAUAUUCGGAUUCAAAAGUGGGCUUAAAAAUUAAUUGAGGAUUACAAAAAUAUAAUUGUUUUCUCAAUUGAUUUUACAUGGUUUAAUAAUGCUGUUCCCACAUCUUAAAUUUGUUGAUAAAUAAGAAAUGUUAAAAAUUACAUUUUGUGAACAGUUGACAGCGCCAUCUAUCAGGCUUUCUUCUGGCACUGGAAUAAUAGUUGUCUUAUCUUCUUCUUUGAUUUACGGCUAUAGACCGGACGUUCUGUAAACAUCCGCACAGCCUAGUUGUCUUAUCAAUUGAGUUGGGAACUGUUCCUAUUUUUUUCUUUUAAUUUUCAAGCUUUCAAAUUUAAAUAUCACGCUGACAUUUAUUGCUUAGAGAUAUAGUUCCGCAAUAUCAAUUUAUCUCAAGAAAGGUGAAUUAUUCAUGUCUGUAUUCAUUCUAGAAGUCUGUUCGUUCGUAUGUUUAUUGAUCAUGUAUUAGACAAAUCAGUCAGUCCAUUAUUUACAGCUCAGAAAUAUUACCGUUUGAUAGAAAUACCUCUUCCGCAUUCCUUUUAAGUAAUUCAACGUGAGAACAGAAUGAAUUCAAUUCUACAGAAACAAAUGAAUUGCCCAGAAUUCACCAGCACCAGACAGUAAAUUCCUUACCUAUUUUCUCCGCGUGAAGACACUGUUUUUUCCUUCAAAUGGCGCUGACAACUGGUCUCAAUUUGUGUUCCUCAGUUUUUUAAUUGAAAUAUAUUGUUUACAUAAAUAGCUUUGAUUUUAUCUUUCGAUAUCAAUUUAUUUCAAAAGAACUGAAAGCCUUGUUUUUAAGAAAUAUCGAGAAUUCACUUGCAUCGAUCAGAAAAUUGAUGAAAUAACCUUUUUCUUUGCAUUCUCUGAUCCGCGAGUGGCGCUGGCAACUGUUUUCAAUUUCAGUUUCCAUGAUAUCAAUUUAUUUCAAAUAGAAAUAAAAGUCCUUUUACGAAAUGUCGAAUAUUCACUUGCAUCAAUUAGAAAAUUCAUUAAUUAAACUUUCCCUCUGUGUUCAAUUAUAUUAAUUUAUUUCAAAGAGAAAUAAGAGUACCUUUAUGAAAUGUAGAAUAUUCACUUGCAUCAAUCGGAAAAUUCAUUAAUUAACCUUUCCCUUUGCGUGUUAGGGCAGUAUUUAUCCCGCGAGUGGCGCUGACAACUGUUCUUAAUUUCAGUUUCUAUGAUAUCAAUUUAUUUCAAUAAGAAAUAAGAGUCCUUUUACGAAAUGUUGAAUAUUCACUUGCAUCAGUCGAAAAAUUCAUUAAUUAAUCUUUCCCUCUGCGUAAGGGCAGUAUUUAUCCCGCGAUUGGCGCUGACAACUGUUCUCAAUUUCAGUUCCCAUGAUAUCAUUUUAAUUGAAUGAGAAAUAAGAGUCUUCUUACGAAAUGUCGAAUAUUUACUUAAAUCAAUGAGAAAAUUCAUUUAUUAAACUUUUCCUAUGCGUAAGUAUUUGUCCCGGGAGUGGCGCUGACAACUGUUCUCAAUUUCAGUUUCUAUGAUAUCAACAUAUUUCAUAGAGAAAUAAGAGUCCUUUUACGAAAUGUCGCAUAUUCACUUGCAAUAAUCGGAAAAUUCAAUUAUUAAUCUUUCCCUCUGCAUACACUGAGAAAAAAAAGAGGGUGCGAUUAACAUUUUUUCCUCAUAACAUUAACACUUUUUAGGUGUAAAAAUAUAUCAACAUUUUUUAAUGUUAAUUUUACACCUUUUUAAGGGUAAAAUGGGUAAAAUUAACAUGAAAAAAGGAUAACUUUAACCCCUAAUACACCUAAAAAGGGUAUUAUUUACACCGAUUUCGGAUCAAUACUGCAGGGUAAAAUUAACAUUUCCGGAAUGUUAUUUUAACUUUUUCGGAUUUCUCUCAGUGUAAGGGCAGUACUUCUCGCGAGUGGCGCUGACAACUGUUCUCAAUUUUAGUUUCUAAAGCUUUUAAUCGAAUAAUUCGGUAAAAGGUAAUAAAAAUUUAUGAAAAUUUUCAUUUAUUCUUAUUUAUUUUAGUCAAAUUUAUAAUUUUACUUCAUAACAUAGAAUACUACUAAUGGGAAUGUUCGGUAAUAUCAGAAGAAUAAUAACUAUUGUACAUUUUCCACACAGAAGUCUUAUGAUUAAAAUUGUUUUUAUAUCUGUAGUAAGUAAUUUUAGAUGAAUUUUCUUCGCCCAAUAUAUUUGUAUAAUUUCUUUUUAUAUGGUAUUUUUUUUUAGAGAUAUUUAACUUGGCGUGCUUUAUCUGCUAAUAAUAAAAUUUGUGAUUUAAUUUUUGAAGAAAACAAAAUUAAUUCAAAUAUUUUGUUAGCAGCAGAAGAUCGCUAAAGUUGGUAGCCAAUUUUUAAAUUAACAGCAAAAUGUUUAUAGUGUGCGAAUGAGGUUUCCCCGAAAAGUGUAUGAGCUUGAAAUAUAAACCCGAAAAAUAACAUAAAAUCCUAUUUCAAACAUUAAAAUUGUCUCUAGAAUAUCCUUUAAAAGUAUAAACAAAGAAGAAAAAAUAUACAAAUCGUUAGUGUAUUCUGUAUGGAUUUUCUGCGAAUGUUAAAUAAAAUCAGUGAAAAUGUCCUCGUUACAACAAAAUGUGUAAUAUUGCUGUGGUCCAAUUUUACCAACUCGUGAAAAAAGGGUGUAAAAAAAAGUUAUGUUUGAACAAAAUGUAUUUCCCGAAUCAAUUAAAAUUUUCCAUCACCUAUUUAUUCAAUCAACAGCAAAAUCAAAAUAGACAAAUAAAUGAUUUACGACUGGAAAAUGUAUUCAAUUAAUUUUUAUACCAAUUGAGACUUUUAGGGUGGAGUCUACGCUUAUGGAUGCUAUACACUUAUGGACAGCGUACAAAAAUCUUAAGUUCUUACGUAAAACAGAUUUCGAAAAGUUAUAAAAUUAUUAGUUUAUUAUGUAAUUGACAUUUUUUUUGAUUUUUCGAAAUCUGUUUAAUUACUACAUCUGUUUAAUUACUUAAGAUUUUUGCGUUGUUCAUAAGUGUGUAUAACAUCCACAAGUGUAGAUUCCACCCAAAUGUAAUGGUGCUAUUCCAAUGAAAUAUUAACAGGUUUUUUUUUAGCACUUUACUGUUCUCAAGUGCUUCUACAUAAUCGACUUUUGUUUGUGUUGGUUUCUGUCACGACUAUUUAGAACACGACAAAAAUUGCGAGGACAACAGUCAAUACAAGAACCAAGACAAAGAAAGGUCGAUAAUGCAGAAGCAUUUGAGAACAGUUCAUUUUUCAUUGGAAUAACACCAUAAUUCAUUAUUCUUUUUUUAUAUCCCGUCAUUGUUUUUCCCUUUGAACAAUAUUUAAAAAAAAUGACAAUUAUCUAUAUAAAUAAUAUUCACAAUUUUAUGAAUAUAUAAAUUACUAAAAUGUUAUUUAUGAAUGUCUUUAUGAAAUAGUAACAAAAAAAGUAUAUAAAUUAUAGAAAAUAGUAAAUGAAUUUAAACUAAAUAUACAAUGAGAUAGAGAAAGGAUAAGAAAAAUUAAAGCUUUACUUGUUAAGAUAUUGUGUCAUAAUUUUCAAUGUCAAUUUUACCAAGGGAGUUGAAGGAUACUAUAAAUUGAGUAAAUAUAUUUCUGACACUUUAAUUUUUCUACAGAGUGAGAUAUAGAAAUAUUUUUUAGUGUGUGAGUGCAGCGAGAUGACAAAAAAAUAUGAGAAAGAAAGCCAAUUGUUAGAUAUACUAAAUAUGUUACACAUUGAAACGUAUAAAUCAAAUCCCAUUAUAAAGAUUUUAGAACCCCUUACUAAUUAUCAUCAAGCCCCUAGGAAAAAAAAGCUCUCAUUCAGCAUACAGGAAAGCUCAUGUUGAAAAGGACCGAAUGAGGGUUAAGUUCAUUAUAAAGACAGAUUGAAGGAUAAAACCCAUUGAUAGUAUGUAAUAUUACAAGAAGAAUAUACAUAGCAUAAAUAGCAAAAAGAGACAAAAUAACUAGAAUAAUAGGAAAGUUAAAAAGAAUGUCCGAAAAGAAAUAUUUAGCAAAAAAAUGACAGAUAAAGAAAAGAACUAUGAAAAUUAAAUGUUACUAUAUAAAUAGAGAAAAAUAAAUUGAAAUUCCCAUAAAUA